GCCCCCCGACCUGACCCCAAAGCAACGUCUCUGGCCCUCUCUCUCUCUCUUCUUCUUAUAUUUCGCUUUCUCUUUCUCAUCUUUUUUUUUUUUUUUUCUAUCUCGUGUCAUGUCAUGCAGCAACUAAUAUUGCUAUUGCAAUGUAAGAAUAGCACUCCAGCAUUAAAAGGCAUUUUAUUAACCCUUUCUCUGUUCUCUUCCUCCUCUCUUCUCUCACUCAUUCACUCGCUCACACCCCCACGACAUUUGUUUCUCUUUAGCCAGCUCAUUCUCUCUCUCUAUCCCUCUUCUCAAAACCACCAAACCCAUAUCUCUCUCUCUCUCUAAAACUCUAAUACCUUUUCUAUCUCUCUAUUAGCGACACUUUGAACGUUUUCUCCACCAGAUCUUUCAUGAAAGACUCCAUUUUUCUCUUCUUUUAAUUUUUCUCCUCUCUGGGUAUUUUUUUUUUCUCUUUUCAACACCCAUUAACCAAAAUCCCAUCUUUUUUAUUGGUUCGGGUGGUUUUAGGCUUAAAGAUCUUGUUUUGGGGGUUUGCUUUUUUUGGGUUUUCUUUUAUAACAGAGGGAGUGUGUGAAGAUGGCUAAUGGGAUAGAGAAAGAGAUAUUAUUGUUUAGCGAUGACGAUUUGAGAGAGAUGAGUGGUGUUAAAAGAGGUGGAGAUUAUAUAGAAGUGACGUGUGGUUGUACUAGCCAUAGAUAUGGCGAUGCUGUUGGUAGACUUAGGGUUUUUAUUAAUGGUGAACUUGAAAUCAUAUGUGAAUGCACUCCUGGUUGCAAUGAAGACAAGCUGACUCCAGCUGCAUUUGAGAAACAUUCUGGGAGAGAGACCGCAAGAAAGUGGAAGAAUAAUGUGUGGGUCAUAGUUAAUGGGGAGAAGGUUGCAUUGUCAAAGACGGUAUUGCUCAAGUACUAUAACCAAGCAUCAAAAAACGCCAAUGGUUCCCAUAGAUCUCAUAAUGGAAGAGUCUCUCAUCGUGAUGAGUUUGUCCGCUGCACUAAGUGUAACAAGGAAAGGAGGUUUCGCUUACGGACCAAAGAAGAGUGUAGAAUCCACCAUGAUGCUUUGGCUGAUCCAAACUGGAAAUGUGCUGAUCUGGAAUUUGAUAAGAUAACAUGCGAUGACGAUGAAGAACGAGCAAGUCGAAGGGUAUACAGAGGAUGCACCAGAUCCCCAACAUGCAAGGGCUGCACCUCUUGUGUGUGCUUUGGGUGUGAAAUCUGUCGGUUCACAGAUUGUAGCUGCCAGACUUGUAUCGACUUUACCAGGAAUGCUAAAGCAUGAAUCCAUCAAUGCUUCUAAUCUUUAAUCCCUUUUAUUAAGCCAUCAUUAAUGUUCUUCAUUCUCCUGCCCAACCAACAUUUAAGAAAAGCCUCCAGUGACAUUUUCUUAUGUUAAACCAGAAAGCUACAGUCUGGGACAUUCCUUCCCAUCCCAUUGGCUGUUAUAGAACUUUGAAAUUAGUAAUUUUAUCACUUCAUUAAUAUCUUGCAUGUA